GUGAAAAGUGUGGAAACGAUAGGAAAUGAUUGGAUAAUAUGGUAGGCGUUGAGUGGUUUGCAGUGAAAGUGCUCUAAAGGGGGAGUAAUAGCGAUAAAAGCGACGCAUUUGUGAAGUGAAGCAAACAUUCAGUCAUUCAGUGAUUGAAUGCUUUGAAUGAAUGGUUGAAUAAAAUGGCGAAUAAUAGUCACAACACUUCCGAAGACAUCUUCAGUACGGAUCCCAUCGACAGAUUUCCCACACAUUCAACACAUCCGCCACUCUUUGAUAACGAAGACGACGACACCGACAGCGACCACAAUGAAGACCUCUUCGUCUCCACUCUUGAGAGUCCUCCGAUGGACACCAAAACCACGGCUAAGAACAACACAAUUGAGGAUCCAAUGAAUGAUUUGAUGGCAAGUCAUGAGAUAGAUCUCGACGACGAAGAGGACAGUUAUGGCAAAAACGGGUUAAACGUUUCCUCCGCUGGCGAAGCGGUGAACGGCAGACAACCGGUCGGCCCAUUGAAAGCGACGCUUCCGUCGGAGUCUUCGAAAGCCAUUUUGUCGACGUCUUCGUCGGUCACUUCAGGCGCUAACGAAACCCUUAAGACAAAUGUGAAUUCGCGAACCGAAGACCAAUUGAAUGCAAACGCGGCCAACAAAAGCGCGUCCAAUGAAAAGCACAUUACGAUUACAGUCGGAGAACCGCAACGCAUAGGCGACGGAAUGUCCGCUUAUGUUGUCUAUAAAGUGGAGACCAAAACAGAUUAUCCCUAUUUUAGAAGAUCUCACUUCUCAGUGAACCGGCGUUUCAGUGAUUUUCUUGGACUUCACGACAAGUUGUCUGAAAAGCACUUACAUUUGGGACGAAUUAUUCCUCCGACACCUGAGAAGAGUGCCGUCGGAAUGGCUAAAGUGAAGAUGUCUUCCAAAGAGGAGAGCCUGUCGUCCGCCCAGUUCUUCGAGAAGCGAAGGGCAGCUCUCGAGAGAUAUCUGAACCGAAACGCAUCGCAUCCGACCCUUUGUGCGGAUCCAGACUUUAGAGAAUUUGUUGAAUUGGACACCGAUUUGCCGAAAGCGACCAAUACUUCGGCAUUAAGUGGUGCCGGAGUUAAGCGUCUAUUGAGUCGAAUGGGAGACACUGUCAACAAAAUCACAUUCCGAAUGGACGAAUCAGAUCCGUGGUUUGAAGAGAAGCAGAAUCAGAUCGAAAGUCUUGACCAACAGUUGAAAAAACUUUACACAAGUGUUGAGGCGCUUAUACAUCAUAGACGGGAAUUGACUCAAACGACCGGCGCUUUCGCUAAGAGCGCUGCAAUGCUUGGCAACUGCGAAGAGCAUACGUCCCUCUCAUGCGCUCUCUCGCAGUUGGCGGAGACCGAGGAGAAGAUGGAACAGUUGUAUAGCAAACAAGUGGACAACGAUUUCUUCUAUUUGGCAGAAUUGCUCAAAGAUUACAUCGCAUUGAUUGGUGCCGUGAAAGAGGCGUUUCACCAGAGAGUGAAAGUAUUCCAGAUGUGGCAACACUCGCAACAGAUGCUCACUAAGAAGCGGGAAGCGAAGGCCAAACUCGAAUUGGCCCUCAAAACGGACAAAAUAUCUCAAGCGAACGAAGAAGUGAUUGAGUGGGAAUCAAAGGUGAGCAGAGGUCAGGAGGAGUUUGAGAGCGUGUCUAAGACUAUACGUCUAGAAGUGGAACGCUUUGAAUUGUUACGGAUUCGCGACUUCAAGACUAAUAUCAUUAAAUAUAUGGAAUCAUUGCUCGAAAGCCAACAGCAACUCAUCAAAUACUGGGAGGCAUUCCUUCCUGAGGCGAAGGCCAUCGCCUGAAAUCUAUCCAUUGUUUUAUUUAUAAUAUAUAUAUUAUUAUUGAAUUCUAUUUAUUUAAUUAGUUUUUGCUGAUUAUUGAUUACUUAUAUAUUGAUUAUUAAUAUUAAAUUUAAUGAUUUAUUAAAA